AUGAUCAACAAUCCUGCUGUGUUGAUGGAUAGUGUAAUGGUUGGCACUGAGGCAGAUGCAGCUGUACACAACAGGGAGGAAUUCCAGCGUCAGGACGAUUUGUCGCUCAUUAAUUUACUCAGCCCAAUCUCGCCAAUCUCUAAUAUAACAUCUGAUUACCAACAGGGCCAGAAUAUCAGAGAGUCAUCACUCAAGGGCGAUUUGGACGACCACGAGCCGCAUGAUAAAGGUCAAUUAUCCCAGUUCACCAAUCAGUCUGACGAAAAAGGAAAUGUUGCUCCUAGUCAUCAUGGAGUCUUUGGACAUGAAGACUCUUUAAUGUCAGAUACUGAGCCUGAGGAUGAGCUAGACGAUACUAGCUUUCAGUCAGAGGAAAGUAGUCACGAGUCGUCUCCUGAACCAGUAGUUGUGAAAAAGAAGAUCAAACAUACCACGGGACCAAGAUUGAAAAACGCGAAGGAAUAUAACGCGAAGCGUCAAAUUGAGGCCGAAACUAGAUUGAAGGGUCACAUUCGAAGAGAGCUAGCCAAGAAAAAAGCAAACGAGGACCCCGACUCCGACAUCGAGCCCCCGAAGGCAAGAAAAAAGCCGAUGCCCUCUAGUCGUGCUAAGAAGACCAUGACCGACAAUGUCUUUGAGGAGGAUCUCGAUGGCCCUGUACACCAUGAUGGUGCACUUCCCUCAGGGUUGGAAAAAAAGGUCGCAAAUGAACUCAGACGAAAACAGAUCACAGCACAUAAGAACCAGGGGUCGAACAACCGACGAAGCAAUACACAAGCUGACGAUUUAAAAGAAGCUACCAAGCUUUUCGGCCAUGGUAGGGUGGAGUGCCUCGAGGGCAACAAGUACCAAAUCAAAGGCACAAAUAUCCGUCUCCACCAGUGGCAGUUGAACCCUGUGGCUUGGAUGGUGAAACGAGAAGUGGCGCGAACACCGCCAUUUGGUGGUAUCUUGGCUGAUGCUCCAGGAAUGGGAAAAACCGUCAUGUCUCUGUCUUGCAUCGCUGGGAAUCCCCCCAUUCAAAAGGACAUUGAGGAGUACAGUCGAACCACCCUCAUUGUUCUCCCGAAGGCGUCAGUCAGGGAUCAAUGGGUGGCGGAAGUCAAACAAGGUAUCAAAUCAGUCCGGACAUAUUGCUAUACACGCAAGUCUCACCACGGCACCGGAGCUAGGCUGGCUGAUUAUGACAUCAUCUUGACUACUUUCACUGAACUACUGGCAUACCCUUCCGACGAAAAAGUUGCAAAGCUUCAGGAAAUUUACGCUGAGGACGAGAUUGGUUUCAGAAAGGCCCUUGGGGAAAUCGCGGGGGAGGUUUUCAAUAUGAAAUUCUACCGAGUUAUUCUUGACGAAACGCACGAGAUCAAGAACCCAAAGACAAAGACUUAUAAGGCGUGUUAUGCCCUUGUUGCUAAGUCGAUAUGGGGUCUCAGUGCCACACCCUUAGUAAACAGCAGCAAAGAACUUUUCCCCUACGUAAAGCUUCUGCGAGUGGAAGGAAUAUCAGACCACGCUGACUUCAAGAUUGCGUACGGCGAGAAGCAUACUUCUGCGGACAAGGUAGACGCAUUAAUCAAUCUAAUUACUUACAGACGCACAAAGAAUGAUGAGUUCCUGGGUGAGAAGAUUUUGCAGGGGCUUCCACCCUUCGAAUCAGAACAAGUGUGGGUUGAACUAUCGCCAGAGGAGCGCUUCCUUUACAAUUUUGUCACCCAGCACUACGACUCAGUUUCGCCAGAAGACCGCAUGAUGCAGAUGUCGCGUCAGAGACAAAUGAUUUCACAUCCUUACAACAUAGAAAGAGCUUUUCGAAAUGAUUUCGGAUUUGAGGCUCUGGAAAGUGUAAUGGGUGGUCUGUUGGCAUUACAACGCAUCAAUGCAGACCAAGCUCUGGCCACUGAGGGUGCGACUCCUUCUGGCGAUACAGCCUCCGCUAAUGACAGUGUGGUUGAGGCAGACCUUUUGGGACCUCUUUUCAGCAACUCAGAACAACCUAUCUCAAUGGAAGAACAAUUGGGCAUGAGCUCACUAUUCCGCUAUGCCAACAAUGAGGCUGUGGUUAGGGGUCAAACUUGCGGAUGUUGCCAGAAAAGCCAAAUUCAAGAACCAUGGGUCAUUAAUGCCUGUGGCCACAUGUUUUGCUACUCCUGCAUAUCGCGCACCUGGCUACAUGGAGCUAAGUGUCCAGCAUGCAACAAUCCGUACAACCUUAAGGGAGGUAUUCGGCCAGUCUCAACCCUGACCACCAGAGAAGAAGAAUGCGAUAAGAAGGACUCUCAAGAUGCAUUUGAAAUGACGAAACGAGCCUGCGAUUCUCCUUCUAAAAAGUCAAAGAGAAAGGCCAAAAGCCCUAGUAUGAGGUCCAUUGAGAAGACCUGGAAGACUUUCAUUGGCAAGCGACAUGGGGCCGACGCCAACGGCGUCUUGCCAGCCCUGGCAGAUGAUGAUAAAGCCUUUCUAAAGAUCGCCUUACAAGAACACAACAAUCUCUUACCUCUUAGCGCAAAGCUACGUAAGGCGCGCGAUAUCAUGCUCGAAUGGACUGAGAAACACCCAAAUGACAAAUUCAUCGUCUUCCACGAGUUUGUCAAAACUUCAGUCAUCUUGGGUAUCAUUUUGAACAAUGAAGGCAUUCCUUUCGUCUACUUAAACGGAAAGGUCACCAGUUCUCAGAAAAACCGGGCCAUCCAACAGUUUAAAGAAAACCCUGAAGUUAGAGCCUUGGUCUCUUCCGGGAAAUGUGGCGGACAAGCACUCAAUCUCACGGUGGCCAAUCGUGUCCUGUCAGUUGACAUGUGGUGGAACGACUCGAUGGACGAGCAAGCUGCGGGUCGCGUCAACCGAAUCGGACAACGCAAGCAGACUUAUGCCGUAACUAUCAAAGCCCGCGACACCAUCGAUGAUCAUAUCGUCAAUAUGCAGGAAAAGAAAUCGACAGAGAUUGCACACAUUCUCCAGGACGACAAUCACGAGACCAAGCUCUUCAGUGAGUGGGAGAUUAUGAAGUACACUGCGCCACAGGCAUGGAAGACGUUGACGAAGCGGCUCAUCAAGGAAAUUCGCGAAGAAGACGGCAUGAGUGAAGACUCGGAUAACAGUGACCAAGAGUGA